ACCUUCGUGGCCAUUUGAGAUUAGAUUCCUUAGUUAACGAGGUGAACUUGAAUGCACCAUGAAGUCCCUGUAGCGCCCACACACGUUAACGUACAGUCAGUGGAGACCGUGUCUCUCCAGCCAUGACACUCACACAGACCUCUGCACCAAAACACCCUGCUCCUUUCAACUGAGGAUCUUUUUAAACAUGUAACUGAAGCAGGUGAAGAGGUGACCGAAGUCAAAGCACCGAGAUUCAGUGGUCUUUUUGUGCUACUAAAUUUUUAAAGUUAGGAGCACAAGCCUCGAUGGCUGUGUUGCCAUGGAAACCAUGGUAAUGCAAGUCUUGCCAAGAAUGACCAGAGAUACUGUAAGGACUAUGGGACAGCAGCAAGAAAACUGCUUGUCAAGGCUGAGUGACGAUCACAGUUACACAGAGUUGAGACUUGGUGGUUGUGUAUGCUCAGGACAACAGAACAUGGAGGAGUUCCUGCACUUGAAGACUGACUGAAGUCCUGAAGAUGAGUGAUGGUGUGGAGGAAGAGGAGGACGGAGCAAAGUCUCCAGGAUCCAUCUGUCUGUCUAUGAAGAGUGACCGGUCCAAAGGAGAACCUAUAGAUUUCAGUGAUGAACCUGGACCCUCAGACUCACAAGGUCAGAACCAGAGACUGAGAGCAGAGUCUCCAGGAUCCAUCUGUCUGUCUAUGAAGAGUGACUGGUCCAAAGGAGUUCCUAUAGACUUCAGUGAUGAACCUGGACCCUCAGACUCACAAGAGAAGAGGAGUGGAGUCUCUGUGGAGGAGCAGCAGGUUUUAGAUCCACAUAAGAUCAGUCUGAGGAGCAGAUGUGAAAAUGUGACUGAAGGAACUGAUGGAACAGGAAGUGGAACCCUCCUCAACAGGAUCUACACUGAGCUCUACAUCACAGAGGGACAGAGUGAAGAGGUUAAUACCCAACAUGAGGUGAGGCAGCUGGAGACAACUUCCAAGAUGGAGACCCUCCAUGACGCUCCAAUCAGGUGCCACGACAUCUUUAAAGCCUCAGCUGACCAACAGAGAGAAGACGUCUUUAAAGCCUUACCUGACCGAAAGAGACGCCGCAUCUCUAAAGCCUUACUUGUCCGACAGAGACGCGACAUCUUUAAAGCCUCACCUGUCCAGCAGAGACCCAUCAGAGUGGUUCUGACCAACGGCGUUGCUGGCGUUGGAAAAACCUUCUCAGUGCAGAAGUUCUCUCUGGACUGGGCAGAGGGCUUGGAGAACCAAGAUGUCAGUCUGCUGGUUCUGCUUUCGUUCAGGGAGCUGAACCUGAUCAGAGAUCAGCGGUACAGUCUUCUCAGGCUGCUCCAUGUUUUCCAUCCAACAUUACAGAAGGUCACAGCAGAGCAGCUCGCUGUCUGUAAAGUUCUGUUCAUCUUUGACGGCCUGGAUGAAAGCAGACUGUCACUGGAUUUCAACAACAGGAAGUCUGUGUGUGAUGUCACACAGGAGUCAUCAGUCAAUGUGCUGCUGACAAACCUCAUCAGGGGGAAUCUGCUUCCCUCGGCUCUCGUCUGGAUAACUUCCAGACCUGCGGCGGCCAAUCAGAUCCCUCCUACAUGUGUGGACAGGGUAACAGAAGUACGAGGCUUCACUGACGCCCAGAAGGAGGAGUACUUCAGGAGGAGAUCCAGUGAUGAAGAGCUGUCCAGCAGAAUCAUCUCACACAUCAAGACGUCCAGGAGCCUCCACAUCAUGUGUCAAGUCCCAGUCUUCUGCUGGAUCACUGCUACAGUUCUGGAGCACAUGUUGACCACAGACCAGAGAGGAGAGCUGCCCCAGACCCUGACUGACCUGUUCUCACACUUCCUGCUGGUUCAGACACAGAGGAAGAAGAACAAGUACCAUGAGGGACGUGAGACGAGUCCACAGGAGCUGAUGGAGGCUGACGGGGAAGUUCUUCUGAAGCUGGGGAGGCUGGCGUUUGAACAGCUGGAGAAAGGAAACAUCAUGUUCUACCAAGAAGACCUGGAGCAGUGUGGUCUUGAUGUCACAGAGGCCUCGGUGUACUCAGGACUUUGUACUGAGAUCUUCAGAAGAGAGAGUGUGAUCUUCCAGAAAACAGUCUACUGCUUUGUUCAUCUGAGCGUUCAGGAGUUUCUGGCUGCAGUCUACAUGUUCCACUGUUACACCAACAGGAAGACAGAGGUCCUGGAGAACUUCCUGAGAGGAGACUUCAAACAGAGAGACUCCAAACAGAGAGACUUCGAACAGAGAGACUUCGAACAGAGAGACUCCAAGCUGGAGUCUUUUCGUAAGAAGAUUUCUACAUUUUUUGGAAUCAAUAAGAGCAGUGAUCCAAAGCUUGCCAUCGUUCAUCCACCUCUCGAUGUCUUCCAGAGGAAACAACAUGUUGAUUUAACCCUCGAUGUCUUCCUGAGGAGAGCCAUGGAGAAAUCCCUCCAAAGUAGAAACGGUCACCUGGACCUGUUUGUCCGCUUCCUUCAUGGCCUCUCUCUGGAGUCCAACCAGAGACUCUUAGGAGGUCUGCUGGGUCAGACAGAGAACAGUCCAGGAACCAUCCAGGAAGCCAUCAACAACCUGAAGGAGAUGAUCAGAGGUGAUAUCUCUCCUGACAGAAGCAUCAACAUCUUCCACUGUCUGACGGAGAUGAAGGAUCACUCAGUUCAUCAGGAGAUCCAAGAGUUCCUGAAGUCAGAGAACAGAUCAAGGAAGAAACUCUCUGUGAUCCAGUGCUCAGCUCUGGCCUACAUGCUGCAGAUGUCAGAGGAGGUUCUGGAUGAGUUGAACCUGAAGAACUACAACACAUCAGAGGAGGGACGAUGGAGACUGAUCCCAGCUGUGAGGAACUGCAGAAAGGCUGAACUUUUUUAUUGUCAACUGUCAGAGACUCACUGUGAAGUUGUUGCCUCAGCUCUGAAGUCCAACCCCUCCCACCUGAGACUCCUGGACCUGAGUAAAAACGAGCUGCAGGAUUCAGGAGUGAAGCUUCUGUCUGCUGGACUGGAGAGUCCAAACUGUAGACUGGAGACUCUGGGAUUGGAGCGCUGCAGUUUGUCCGAUAUCAGCUGUUCUUCUCUGGCCUCAGCUCUGAAGUCCAACCCCUCCCACCUGAGACACCUGGACCUGAGCUUCAACGAGCUGCAGGAUUCAGGAGUGAAGCUUCUGUCUGCUGGACUGGAGAGUCCAAACUGUAGACUGGAGACUCUGGGAUUGUGGGACUGCAGUUUGUCAGAGAUCAGCUGUUCUUCUCUGGCCUCAGCUCUGAAGUCCAACCCCUCCCACCUGAAACACCUGGACCUGACUAACAACAAGCUGCAGGAUUCAGGAGUGAAGCGUCUGUGUGGUUUUCUGGAGAGUCCAGACUGUCGACUGGAGACUCUGAGAUUGGAGCGCUGCAGUUUGUCAGAGAUCAGCUGUUCUUCUCUGGCCUCAGCUCUGAAGUCCAACCCCUCCCACCUGAGAGAACUGGACCUGAGAGACAACAAGCUGCAGGAUCCAGAUGUGAAGCAGCUGUGUGAUCUUAAGGAUAGUCCAGACUGUCGACUGGAGACUCUGAGAUUGUGGAGCUGCAGUUUGUCAGAGAUCAGCUGUUCUUCUCUGGCCUCAGCUCUGAAGUCCAACCCCUCCCACCUGAAACACCUGGACCUGAGUCUCAACAAGCUGCAGGAUUCAGGAGUGAAGCGUCUGUGUGGUUUUCUGGAGAGUCCAGACUGUCGACUGGAGACUCUGAGACUGUGGAGCUGCAGUUUGUCAGAUAUCAGCUGUUCUUCUCUGGCCUCAGCUCUGAAGUCCAACCCCUCCCACCUGAAACACCUGGACCUGAACUACAACGAGCUGCAGGAUUCAGGAGUGAAGCGUCUGUGUGGUUUUCUGGAGAGUCCAGACUGUCGACUGGAGACUCUGAGAUUGAUGCGCUGCAGUUUGUCAGAGAUCAGCUGUUCUUCUCUGGCCUCAGCUCUGAAGUCCAACCCCUCCCACCUGAGAGAACUGGACCUGAGUAACAACAAGCUGCAGGAUCCAGACCUGAAGGAUCUGUGUGAUCUUAAGGAGAGUCCAGACUGUCGACUGGAGACUCUGAGAUUGAGGAACUGCAGUUUGUCAGAGAUCAGCUGUUCUUCUCUGGCCUCAGCUCUGAAGUCCAACCCCUCCCACCUGAAACACCUGGACCUGAGGGACAACGAGCUGCAGGAUCCAGGAGUGAAGCGUCUGUGUGGUUUUCUGGAGAGUCCAGACUGUCGACUGGAGAGUCUGAGAUUGAUUGAUUGCAGUUUGUCAGAGAUCAGCUGUUCUUCUCUGGCCUCAGCUCUGAAGUCCAACCCCUCCCACCUGAGAGAACUGGAACUGAGUCUCAACAAGCUGCAGGAUUCAGGAGUGAAGCGUCUGUGUGGUUUUCUGGAGAGUCCAGACUGUCGACUGGAGACUCUGAGAUUGAUGGGCUGCAGGUUGUCAGAGAUCAGCUGUUCUUCUCUGGCCUCAGCUCUGAAGUCCAACCCCUCCCACCUGAAACACCUGGACCUGAGAGGAAACGAGCUGCAGGAUCCAGAUGUGAAACAGCUGUGUGAUCUUAAGGAGAGUCCAGACUGUCGACUGGAGACUCUGAGCUGGAGGUGGUGAAGAGGUGUGUGUGUGUGUGUGUGUGUGUGUGUGUGUGUGCGUGUGUGUGUCUGUGUGUGUGUGUGUGUGUGUCUGUGUGUGUGUGUGUGUGUGUGUGUGUGUGUAUGUGUGUAUGUGUGUGUCCUGAUGAUCCAGAUGUUGAAGCAGCAGCUGGUGUGUAGAGGCUCUGACUGGACCAUGUUACUGGGAGGUGGAGUGGAGAGGAGAGCUUCAUCCAGUGACUGACAGAGGAAUCAGAAGAAGUGGAGAUGACUCUCAGUGCUGCAGUCUGAACUGCACAAGAUAGUCAUAGUACAAACAAUCAUGACAUGUAUAGCCUAGCCAUGGCUGUAUGUCAUUUCUUAUAGAUUAGCUGCCAAAUAUAGUAAAAACACAGCCUAAAACAGAACAAUCACAAUAGAAACACAGAACGAACAAUAUGCUUCUCUUGUUAUUAGACAGAUUACCAACACAAUGUAAUGGAUUGUGAAAUAAUAGUAAUGAUAAUGAUAAGCUACGGGCUUUUAAAAGUAACAAAAAAAAAAAAAUAUAUAUAUAUAUAUAUAUAAUGAUAAUAAUAAUAAUAAUAAUAAUAAUAAUAACUGUAAUAGCGAAAAAGAUAUUAACAUUCACAAAUUUGGAAAUUGCCAUACCCACAGUUAGUCAUCAGUUUGGUUUUCUGUUAAGUCUGAGUUCUUGACAUAUUGAAUAAAUGGUUCCAUAUACCUUCAAAUACAUGCUGUUUGGCUUUCAGAAUAUAAGUAAUUCUUUCCAACGGUAGGCUUGAUAACAUUUGUUUUAACCAUUGACUGGUACUUGGUUGAUGGGUUCUUUUCCAUAGUAAUGCAAUACAUUUUUUGGCAUUUAACAAGCUUAGAUCUAUAAGUGCUUUUUCAUACUUACUGAAGUUAUGUUUCUCUGGAUAAAGGCCCAGCAAGAAAAGCUUAGGAUCCAAUGAUAUUGAUUUGGAAACAAUCUUUUCGAUUAUUACUCUUAUCUCUUCCCAGAAUUUAAUAAUUAUUCUAAAACUGCCAAAGGCAGUGAAAUAGUGUUCCUCUAUCUUCUGUACAUUUUGUGCAUAUGUCUGGUAUAUUCGGGUCAUAUCUAUUCAAUUCCAUCGGUGUCACAUACAUCCGCAUUAACCAUUUAUAUUGUAUUAUUCUAAGGCGUGCAUUUAUGGAUCCAGAAUGAGCGUUGGCACAUGCGGCUUCCCACUCUUCCUUGGAAAUAUCUGUUUGUAUGUUUUCCUUCCAGGCCCUUAGCUUAUAUGUUGAGUUCUCACUUGAAAACGAUACCAACAAAUUGUAGAGUUCUGAUAUUGCACCUUUUCUCAGACAAUUCUUUGUUACAAUUUUUUCUAGUUCUGUGCUACAGGGUUUAGAAAGUACAUUGCUUUGAUUUAUUUUAACAUCAUUUCUAAGCUGAAGGUACUUGAAGAAAUGUUUUCUAUUAAGAUGAUAUUUAGCUCUUAGUUCUUCAAAGGACAUCAUAUCAUCUGAGUUUGUUGUGUACAGAUCUUGAAUUGUUUUUAGUCCCUUAGUUAACCACAAUUUGAAUGUUGCAUCUGCCCUGCCUGGUACAAAGAACUGAUUACCCCAAAUUGGGGUAAAUUGCGAUAGUGAUUGUGGUUCGUUUAAGUAUUUCUUCACUUCAUACCAAAUCUUUAUCAUAUGUUUAACAAUUGGAUUUUUAGUUUGUUUACAAAGCUUUUGUACAGUGUCUGAAUAAAUAUAUGAAGGGAGAGAUAGA